AUGGGAGAAGUGAAGCUAAUUGCAACUCCUCAAAGCUUUCCUUGUGCAAGAAUUGAAUGGGCUUUAAAGUUAAAAGGAGUUGAAUAUGAAUACAUACAAGAAGAUCUAUUAAACAAGAGCACUUUACUUCUUGAAUCCAAUCCUGUCCACAAAAAAGUUCCAGUCCUACUUCACGAUGGAAAAUCAAUUGCUGAAUCACUUGUCAUCCUUGAGUACAUAGAUGAGACAUGGAAGAACAACCCUUUGCUACCACAAGAUCCAUAUGAGAGAUCAUUAGCUCGUUUUUGGGCAAAGUUUAUUGAUGAGAAGUGCUUGGUUAGUGUAUGGGGAGCCUGUGUGGCCCAAGGAGAAGAAAAGGCAAAAGCUGUUGAUGCUGCCAUGGAGUUACUAGCAUUUCUUGAGAAGCAUAUUGAAGGGAAAAGGUAUUUUGGUGGAGAGAAGAUAGGGUAUCUUGAUAUUGUAGCUGGUUGGAUAUCAUAUUGGCUUAAUGUUCUUGAGGAGGUUGGAGAAAUUGAAUUAGUCAAUGUUGAAAAUUUUCCUUCUCUUUAUGAGUGGGGUCAUAGCUUCAUCAAAACUUCACCUAUCAAAGAUUGUGUUCCAUCAAGGGAAAUGGUGGUUGAAUAUUUUAGCUUUGGUAUUAACUAUGUUCGUUCCUUGGCAUCUAAGGAAUAG